AUGUCGUGGACGAACAGAGAGAAUCCUUACCAAGCGUUUGUCGACGAGGCAACGGGAUCGCCUGUCGCGGUUGCGUUUCCUCAAUGGAUACUCAACAUAUUCGAGGUGUCCCACGAUCACCCAGAGGGUCGAUGGCAUUUGGAGACCAACGCCCGGAGCCUUCUCUCCAGCGCAAGCUUGAGGAUUGUCUUCGCGCCGCUUGACCUUCCUCGACGAGAUGCCCUGCCGCAAACGCUCGAAAUAUUCAACAUUCUCGGCAUUCCGGGCGAUUUUACAAAGGAGCGACUUCAGUCCGUGAGCCACAGCUUCGGCCGCAGCACGGACAAGAAUGGAUCUUGCACUUGGUUUCAUUUCCUCUGCAAGAACAUCGACAUCCGACACGAGGGAACAAACGGCCCAGAGGUAGACAACCGCGCUGCGGCCAUGGGAUACCACGUUUCAACACUCCCGCAGGCCGAUUACAGCUGGCAUCGCGCUGGCUUCUUCUUGAGGGUCGACCCGCAUGGAUGUACCACCUUGGUGUGCUUCGGUGCCACGCCGCGGGUGAGGGAUCGGCUUAACGAGUUCAUUGCCGCUAAAGCCUGGGAACACGUCUCAAAUGAUCCGUACAUCUUAUUUGAUCUGAUCUUUGAAGGGCUGUACUACGAGGUUGACGAUACAGUCUGGAAGAUGAACACGGUCUUCGGACCGCUUGAACACUUAAUCCUCGAGUAUGCCAACACCAAGGGCAUUCGAAAGAUGAGCUCCAAGAUCCCCUUCGCAGCCAUGCACAAUUGCGCCAAGCACAUCAUCCACAUAGCAGAAGCCCUCGAAUCUUGCAUGAUGCUCGUGGACUCGACCAUCCAAAACAUCGGCAACCAUGAGCAGGUCCCGCGACAAUCGAACAGUGACCAAGUUCUCAGGCAACUUCAUGAGUGUCUUCAGUACCGACGGUCGCUCUUCCGCUCCAGCCAGCUGCGCCUUGGUAGCUUGCAGAAGCGGAUUGACAAUGCUAUUACGUUGUCAUUCAACCUUGUUACUCAGCAAGACUCCAUGGUGAUGAUCCAGGAUUCCAACUCGAUGAAGAUCAUCGCAGCCAUCACUAUGAUCUUCCUUCCGACCACAGGUGUUGCCACCGUCGUCGGUUCACAGUUGUUCGUGGCGGAGGCUCACAAUGACAAGUGGGACGUCCUGACCACACCGUUGUUUUGGACAAUGUGGUGGGUGUCUAUUCCGCUGACGUUAUUCACCGCAAUUCUUGCUAUGAUUUGGCACUGGUGGACGCACACCGAACAUCCGGCAGUGGAGGUUGUCGAAGUGGUCAAGAAAGCCAGAGUGGCUACGUUCAGUUCCGUUGGGACUAGGAAAGCAUCUUGA